AUGGUACAAAAGACUGUUUUGAAGGUUGAUAUAUCAUGUGAAAAAUGCAAGAAGAAGCUCCUCAAAGCGGUGUCGGGAUUACAAGGCAUUGACAAAGUCGAAGUGGAUGGUGCAAAGGGAACAUUGACAGUAACAGGUGAAGCAGACCCAUAUGAGAUAAUAGUGAAAACAAGAAAAGCAGGAAAAUAUGUUGAAGUAGUCAGUAUUGGGCCACAUCCAGCCCCACAGAAACAAGAUGGGCCGAAAAAAGCUGAAGAGGAAAAGCCCAAUGAAAAGAAGCCAGAAGAAAAAGCUCAGGCCCACAUACACACACCCUUCACCUGCCCCAUUUGUGAGAGAAUUCAAGUCAUACCUAUGACCCGGUGGGAAGAACCCAGCCCACAAUGCUCCAUCAUGUGA